CUGCGCAGUUCUCCCCGCGGCCCGGCAGAGGGCGGCCCCGAUCCCGCAAUUUCCUUCCCCUAAACACCGCCCCUUCCUCCUCGCCUCGCCUCCUCCCUUCCGUCGGCUGGUUCGACGCUUUCCUCCCCCCGCGCUCGCUCGCCCGCUCGCCCACCCCGCUUUACCUCUCCUCGCCGCUGGUGCUGCGCGCGCUACUUGAGGCCGAGGAUCGGACGGGACUACUAGGCCGCAAGACUCUUCCGGGCCUCCAGGUAGGGAGGGAAAAAGGAGAGGGGAGCAGGGCAAGGCAAGUCGCCUCCUUUCUUUGCUGGGCUCCUGCCCCGCUGCCGCCGCCGUCUUCGGCCACACAAAAGUGCGGAGCUGGCUUGGCCGCGGGGCCCCCGAUCCUGCGCUGGGCCUUCGCUUUUCCUGCCCAGGAGGGCCGCGCUGGAGGAAAAGGCGGCGGCAGCCUCGAAUCGGGCCUGACAAACGCACCAAGAGCCCGCCCUUCGCCCGCUUUGCGCUCCUCCCGGCUGACCACCCUCUUGGCGCAGCCGUCCCUCCCGGGGCCUUUCGCUGCAGCUUCCGACGUUCUGGCACAGGAGAGGUGGUGGGAGUUGCAGGCCCUCGCAUCGGAAGGGCGGCAGGCUGGCGAAGCGGGCUUGCCUCUUGGCUGCGGGAGCCUCCGCCUUGCAAGGCGAUGGGCUGACUGACCGGCCUGAAGUCUCCGCGGGCUCUGCAGCGGGGAGCAGCCGCUCGCGUUCCGCCCACCGGGGUGUUUCUGUGGGUGAUGUUAGGACGGAGAGUGUCCGCGAAGCAGCCUCAAGCCGCGCCGCCGGUCCCUUGGACCCUCCAGCCCUGGCCUGGUUCUCUGGAAGGGCAGCAGCUCCCCUGAGCCUCCAGCAGAGAAGGGCUGUCCUCUGCUCCUUGGGACCCUUUUAAUACCCGGGGGUGCUGAGAAUUGAGUCUGGGUGGACAGCAGGCCCUCUGCCCCUGAGCUACAGCCCUCGCUAGUAGAAACCCCUCAGGCAGAGGCGCGCAGGGCCUUCAAAGAACAAAGCAAACAUGAGCCCAGUACAAAACGGGCUGUCCUCUUUGUGCCGUGGCAGGAUGGAGAGAGGUGAAGGCAGGCUGAAAGGACAGCCUCUUGACCCAUCUCACAGCAGCCAAGUCAAAGGUUCCCUUCCUUAAUGUGGAUUCCAGAUCAAGGCAAAAGGCCUUCUGCACCCUGUAAGAUGACCUGUCUGCUGGUGUCUGUCUUGGUUUGAGACUCAUCACAGUGGGGAAUCACUGCAUCCGAUACUGUGAGCCUCUCAUCUCCAGGUUGGGGAGAGAUUGCUGGGAAUUCAGAUCUCCUUACUUGCUCUGUCUCAGUCGAGAAGCUGAAGCCCUUAUUGUGGAAACCCCGAUUUCUUUUCCCCAGCAUGUCAGAAAGCUGGCAGCAGCAGCCCCCACCCCCGCAGCAGCAGCCCCCCCCACACCAUGCUGGAACAGCUGCCCUCCCUGAGCAUCCCAUCCCGUCGAGUGCAGUUGCUGAGAAUCCCCUGGGCUGUGCUGUCUAUGGCAUCCUCCUCCAGCCAGAGCCCAGUGGCCUGCAGCACCACCCGCCUAUCCCCGCCAGCGGAGGAGGAGAGCCCUCUAUGAAAUGUGGGGUGUGUGGGCAUGACUUAGCACACCUCUCUAACCCCCAGGAGCACCAGUGUCUGCAAGGAGGCCACGACCGCUCCUUCCAGUGCACCCAGUGCCUGAAGAUCUUUCACCAAGCCACAGAUCUCCUGGAACAUCAGUGCCUGCAAGUGGAACAGAAGCCCUUUGUCUGUGGGGUCUGCAAGAUGGGCUUCUCCCUGCUCACAUCCCUGGCUCAGCACCACAAUGUCCACAAUGGCAAUGCAGCUGUCAAGUGCUCAAUCUGUGAAAAGACUUACAAAGCAGCUGCAGCUGCGGCGGCUGCACCUGAGGAGUCUGCCCCGCCUGAGCAGCCAGUGGCUCUCAACCGGACUCCCGCAGAGAAACCCUACAGCUGCUCCAUCUGCCAGAAGCCCUUCAAGCACCUCUCCGAGCUGUCGCGGCACGAGCGGGUGCACACUGGGGAGAAGCCCUACAAGUGCAGCCUUUGUGACAAAAGUUUCAGCCAGUCCUCACACCUGGUACACCACAAGCGCACACACAGUGCCGAGCGGCCCUACAAGUGUACCGUGUGCGAGAAGGCCUUUAAACACCGCUCGCACCUGGUGCGCCACAUGUAUGCCCACUCGGGUGAGGCGCACCUCUUCCGCUGCAAUGUCUGUGAGCUGCACUUCAAGGAGUCGUCGGAGCUGCUGCAACACUCAUGCACCCCCAGCGGGGAGCGGCCCUUCCGAUGUGGUGCUUGCCACAAAGCCUUCCGACGCCCCUCAGAUCUCCGGCAGCAUGAGCGCACUCACAGCACCGAGCGCCCUUUCCAGUGUGAUCUAUGCCAAAUGAGUUUCAAGCAGCAGUACGCACUCAUGCGCCACCGCCGCACUCACAAGACGGUCAGCACCACACCUUCUUCCACAGAGCAGGAGUUGCCAGUGGGCCCCUUCAAGUGCUCCUUGUGUGAAAAGGGCUUUGUGCAGCCGGCUCACCUCCUCUACCACCAGCAUGUCCACGGCAUCGAGAACCUCUUCAAGUGCAAUGCUUGCCAGAAAGGCUUCAGCCAGUCUUCAGAGCUGCUGCGUCACCGCUGCGUCCAGAGUGCUGAGCGGCCCUUCAAGUGUGCGGCAUGCAGCAAGGCCUACAAGCGGGCCUCUGCCCUGCAGAAGCACCAGUUGGCCUCACACUGUGCAGAGAAGCCCCUCCGGUGCACUCUCUGUGAGCGACGCUUCUUCUCUUCCUCCGAGUUUGUGCAGCAUCGCUGCGAUCCAGCCCGCGAGCGUCCCCUCAAGUGCCCGGACUGCCAGAAACGCUUCAAAUAUGCCUCUGAUUUGCAGCGCCACCGGCGUGUGCAUACUGGGGAGAAGCCCUACAAGUGCCCAGCUUGUGAGAAAGCCUUCAAGCAGCGUGAGCACCUCAACAAGCACCAUGGCGUCCACACCCGGGAACAGCACUACAAGUGCAUGUGGUGUGGAGAGCGCUUCCUGGACCUGGGCCUGUUGCAGGAGCACAGCGCACAGCACACCUCAACCGAGAGUGCUUACCCCGUGGCACCCUGCCUGCCCUGAACAGCUCCCCCUGCUGGUGAAAGAAGGUUCAUACCAUCCUCCACCCCAUGCUGUUUUAGGACUGGGCUUUUGCUAGGACAAGCAGCUCGUCUUGCCAGAGACCUUGCCAUGUGGGAGCCUUUCUCCUUCAUGCUUCUCCAAUAUGCAAACGAUGGAGGGGGGUGGAGUAAGCAGCAGAGGCCUCUGUGUGUGUUCUGGGAUCAACCAUCAGUGGAUUCUGCCUUUCUGUUACUGCUCUGUGAAUGGGAUGAGUGUAACUUGGGAACUAGCAGUGACUCAGGCCUGCAUUGCUGUUCUGGGCACAGUGUCUGUUUUUUGGGUCAGAUCUAAAUGAAUGUUCCUUAAGCCUGCCAAUCAAAUCCAGAUCCUCCCCCACUACUGUGAUUCAUUAGUGUCCACAGUGUGAUGUCCGAAAGCAUUUGAUGUGUUGGGGUCUUUGCUGCUUGCAAAUGUAUAGAGUAGGACUCUGCAGCAAGAUAGGCUAUGUAAGUUACUGUGAUGGAUGGACUUGGUGGACGUGGCUUCUCUUAGGGUGCCAGCCCCAGGGAAAAUCUCCUGCUCAUGUGCGACUCUUGUUCAGUUCACAGGUACAUCCAAGGGAGAUGGUCCCAGGGCGGUCCUGCCUCCUCUUCCGCUGCUUGGCUUCAGUUGUCCAGAAUUUGUCAGGGCUGGAGGCUCUGAAUUCCCUCCAAACACCAGAGCUCUCAAGCCCAGUGGUGUGAGUGGUCCUAGGGCAAGGUGAAAGGAGACGGAACACCGUUGCUUAUUCAAAAGUUCUUUAAAGCCAGAGCAAAGCCUGUCCCUUCACUCACAUUGGUAUCACAUGCAGAGGUUUCUGUAAUUUGUAGGAUCCCUAAAAACAGUUUUUGUUUACAUGCGGCUAUAAAGAAUUCAGGUGAAAAGAUCAUUAAAACGACACUGUUAGAUCCUCUCUGGCAUUGUGAUCUGUCAGAACACCAUUUGCUAGAGUGACACAAUUGUCAAUAAGGAGCCCCAUUUGGGAUAGCUGAGGCCUGGCAAUGCUUUCCUUUUGGACCAUUCUGUGGCAUAUUGUGGGUGGGUGCGUUUGUUGCCCUUUCCGUGCACAGCACCCAAACUGUUAAGUUGAGAGGCUGCUGCAGCAGGUGUAGUAAGAACAAACUAUGGGGCAGCCCUCCAAGAAGCAUUUGUUUUUAUCUCUUUCACCUAGGACACCCAGAGUGGUGCUGAAAAGCCAGAUUUUUUAGCCCAGAUCAGUUCCGCUGCCUGCCCAGUACUGAAAAGAGGACAGGAGUGAAUUGUUGGGAGAGGUCUGGCCAAAGUUGUCUGUCCAGAUCCGGAGCAGAAGCUGCUGCACUGUGUCUUUCUGUCCACAUGUAGGGCCUUCUGACUUGACCUUGGUCUUUCACAGCACCUCAGAUGUAUAGAACUAACUUUUAUGGAGUUUGUCUUCAUUAUUUUUCAUAAUUGCUUUUUUAAAAAGCAGGUUAAAAUUCAUUAAAAAUCUGUGUAGCUCAA